AUGGCAUAUUACCAUGCCACAGAGGUGGAAUCCGUCACCGCCGACUCCGUCACGUCCACUCUUCGGUCCGAUUACCACCACCACCGUAUUCAAGACGACAACACAUCCCAAACCCAACAACGGGUUCGCUUCAUGUGCAGCUUCGGAGGAAAAAUCCUCCCCCGGCCACACGACAACCAGCUCCGUUACGUAGGCGGAGACACCCGUAUCGUCGCCGUGAACCGCCACACCACCUUCUCAUCUCUCCUCAACAAGCUCUCGAAACUCUCUGGUACAACCAGUACUAUAAACAUAAAGUACCAGCUUCCAAACGAAGACCUCGAUGCUCUGAUCACUGUCACCGCCGAUGAAGACGUUGAGAACAUGAUGGAAGAGUUUGAUCGGCUGUCUAACAAUCACAAAACGGCUCGGCUUCGGCUUUUUCUCUUCCCCACUGAGUCUGACUCGAGAACCAGUAGUAUCAGCUCGCUUCUUGAUGGCUCGACUCGGCGCGAGCACUGGUUUUUGGAUGCUCUCAAUGGCCGGCAGGGUCCGGGUUCGGUUCUGGAGCGUGGCCGGUCCGAGGUAUCCUCCAUUGUGUCUGAAGUGCCUGACUAUUUGUUUGGGUUAGAUAACUCGGAUGACCCGCCCCGUGAGUCUAAACUAAAGAAUAGAAAUACAGUGGGGGAGAACAUUCCUGGUUCGGAUCCGGGUUCUCCUGAUCCGGUCAUCUCUUCGCCAUUUUGUUCAGCCUCAUCAUCACUGGCGCCACCACCUUUUCCUCCGAUUCCAGAUCUUCCACCCGUGAAGACCAAACCCGAUAAGCCGGUUCUUAUCGUAGAGUCAAAGGAGGCUCAAGUUGAGGGUGUAGAGACGGGUGAGCCAGUGGCACAGCAGCAUACCAGGUUUGCGGGUAAUCCCACGUGGCAGUAUGUUUCGGAUUCACAAUAUCCGGGUCAACCUAUACAACACAUACCCAUUUAUUAUGUUCCUGGUCCGGUUCAACCCGGGAGUGUUCCAGUCCAGCAAGUUCCGAUUGGAGCACCAUAUCUGCAACCAUUUCCUCCACCUCCAGGUCAGGUACCGGUUGGGUUUCGUCAGCCGGUUCCGGGUAUGGGUCAAGUAUACGGUGGAGGAAUGAGGCCAGCUACCACGAUGGAUCCAUAUGACAUGUCCGCUAGAGUAGUUCCCGAUGCAGUGAACCAGCCUGUGUACUACGGUGUUCGCAAUGGUGGCUUGGUUCCGGCUUAUCCAGGGGUGGUGGUGCAGGGUGGGGAUGAAUUCCAGGGUCCAGGAACCGAGGCUAAGUUGGGUCGGGUCUCCCAAUCCUAG